AUGGCGUCUGUAUUGCCCUCAAAACGAAGUAUAGCUCUGAACGAGGAAAGCUCCUCUUUUGCAGACACAGAGACGGUCCUUCGGUCGCACUUCGUGCCUCAUGAGACAAGGCCCUGUACUAGGUCUUCACUGCAACAGGGCAUCGUGAAGUCGUCCGCAAAGAAAACCUCUGAGGCGGACACAAGCAUGUUAGUAUUGCACACCGCGCGGGACACACAGUGCACCAAGGAAAAUGCCUCCCAGAAAAGGCAAGAAAAUACACACCAAAGGGCGCAGCCAUCGACUGUUGCAGACUCGGGUGCGCCUGUCAUCGUGUCCUCGUCCGGAGCAAGCCAACUGGAAGAAAGCAGCUAUCGUCGCCAACGCAAACAGGGCGUAGCCCUGAAAGGGGUGCCUGGUGAAUUUGAAGUGGCUGAGACUGAAAGGUUUACAGAAGUUGGCACCGGUGCUAAUUUUUCAAACAAAUGUACCAGCGAGAGGAAAACGGCAGUGAUAGAUUCUGAUGGAGCCGCGGUGCCUCGCCGUUCUCAAAGUGGAACCACAGCACUGGACAGUGGGAGGUUCUUCCCCUCUGGAUUUCUGAAAAAGCAUGAAAAGUCGAGAGAGGAACUUCUAUGCCCAAAGACAAUGGCUGGCGAGUUGGUGGGAGCUUCACGAGAGUGUGGACCCACACGUGGGCACAAAGAGCAUUCCAUCAAGAGAGACGAACAAAUAUCAGCCCGAGUAUCGAGGGCCUUCGUGUCUCACGAGCUAACCACACAAAGCACGCAUAAGAGCGUUAGCGAUGGAGGGCCGGGGGACGUUGAGAGUGGAAAAACGACUGAAACCGUGACGGACACUAGGUCAAGGAUAUGUUCUCCACGCUGUCGCCCUUACGCCAACAGUGCUGAACUAGAGUCGGGUGUUUCUCGGCAAUCGCGACCUACCGCUCCUUUGAUUCAGAGAGGCGAUGGCUGCGAGGGAACCCUGAACGGAUCUAUCCACUUGUCAACAUUUUCGGGGGCAUUUGCAUCUCAACAUAGCGGAGAUGCCAGCGAAUCGCUAUCGCUCUCCGGUUUGUUUGCUUCUUCGACGACGAGUCGCACGGCAACCGGUGUGAAAUUGGAUGCUUCAUCAUCUGGGACUCCCUCGUCCACUAGACGGCUAAAUAGAGAGAAGGACGAGUCGAGCACACAGCACCAAAGCAGAAGAUUACUGAGGGGGAGCCAAAUGCGCAUGAACGAAGGGGAAAUCACUCGGAACAGUAGCAGCGAUGGCUCCUUCAUGGGCUCUACUAAGUCAGAAAUGACAGAGGGAAGGCUUUCCGAAAAACGAAAAACGAGGAGGGAACGAGGUCCACAAAACUCGGAGAUGGAAAGGGGGCGCGGCAGUACAGCGCGAGGAGAGGGCGAUGAAUCACACGCAGGGAGCGGAAUCAAGAGCAGCCGGGGGAGCAGAGAUGGAGAGGAGGACGCGACAUGUACUGGUAGCGUCCGAAGCUCGGAAGGGAAACAGGGUAGGCGUAUAGAGGCUGGAGCGGACGGCAGAAACACUGAAGCAGAGAGGACGGGAACGAGCUCAUCACACGGAAGAAAGACAGAGAAAAGCGAGAGCGCCCGCGACUUGGCACGUCGUGUGGAAAAGGGCGCCGAACACAUGGAAAUGGACAUCUGUGCUGCUGUGCAAACCAGCAGCAGAGACAGCAGCCGAACUUCGAAUGCCAAUGGCGUUCCUUCAGAAAGCAGAGAGCAAAGUAGCUCUUCUGUUCUCUCCUCUUCAACGCCGUCUGGGCGGUGUCAGGACACACAUACGUGUUCUGUGUCGUCCUUUAAGAGACGCUCCUCUUCAAUAAAGUCUGGAUCGCUUCAGUAUGCGACACGUGAAUAUCAAGAAAAUGUUUUUGGUUCGUUUCGGUCUUCUUUAAGCCUCUCAGGUCGGCCCUCUUCGGCGGCCGAGAAGCGUCCUACUAAGAUGUGUUCGGCAGCAGGAGGAAUGGAAUCACCAGGGAUACUGGCAGAAACCGUUUCGAGUGAGUGCCGUCUGAUGCCCAGAGAAAGCCAGAGAAGCGUGCCCGAAGGUGACGAAGACGGAGCACUCUACUUCACAUCAAAGUCCCAUACUUCUUGCUCGUCCACGUCGAGAUCGAUGGGCGUUUCUCACGAAUCAGCGCCUCAUUCAGCUGAGACAGCUGAUGCUCAAAAAAAAACCCUUCGCAGCAGGCAUGCUGGGUCUUCGCAUGAAAGAGCUUCGCUGCGUGACGAGGAAGGAACUAUCGAGUUAAUCUCUCUACAAAAGAAUGUAGCAGAGAGAUCUCGUUCCUACACAGGCGACAAAAAAGUUUCGGCGCACAGCUGCCCCACUCUCAAAGGCACUGGUGCCACUGUUGGAAAACACCGGCACACGGAAGAGCGCGCAUCAACCUCACAACGUUAUUCAUCUUUCCCUCCGGGGGUUCCUGCCUUGCCGAAAGCACUUCAACGCCUUUCUGCCCUGCUGACCGGCGAGAAAGACAACGCGGAACUGAGGGCCUUAACUCAGAUUCAGCAAUGCGUCAUUAACCAUGUCGCGACGCAGGCGAUAGUGGAGAGCGCGGUCGCUAGACUCAGGAUGGAACGCUGCCUCAGAGCGAAUAACAUUUCAAGAGACGAGUUAGAGAACGUCGAGGCCUAUCUGGUUAGCAAAAUGCCACUUACAAUCGGGGUCGAUCUCCUCAACGUCAUGCCGCACCUACUCGAGGACAAUCACUACAGGAGCAGAUUUGAACUGAAAAGUCAAGCACAGCUGGCGGAAGCCAGCGAGAGACGAACAUCGGAAGCGGCAUUGUUCAAUGGUUUCUAUGAUCACGCCUCUGUCCGGCCGGAACACCGACCGAAGCACGGCCUCCUAAACGUCUACCUUUACCCGUAUGCUGACUCGCGCUUUCACUCACCUAGUCAGGCGUUCCUGCUUUUGGAGGAACACGUGCGGGUUCGAGUCACGGUAGCGGCGUCCAGAAAUCGCCCCAAGCCAUGGCGGCAGCGCGUUGGUACACUGGCGGAUAUGUGGCACGUGUUGGAUCUCUUGGGGAAUCGACAGAUCAAGGAAAUCUUGGACAUCGCAAACGGAAGACGAGGCCGGCCCGAGCUCUUCGACGACGAAAAGCUGCCGCAGUUCCAUGUACACGGCGGUCUUGACCUCAAUAAAGACGUUGCUGCAGUAGCUGUACGCAAGUCGGAGUAUGAGGCAAGAGGAAGGGUCAGAGAGUAUCUGGAUCAAAUAAGCCAGAAGUACUUGUUCCCAAUUAUCACGUGUGAGGAGCUUGACGAGCUCCUUGCCGAAGGCCGUGGAUGGUAUACUGCAGUGCGGGAACGAGGCCAUGCGCUCAUUCAGAGGUCGGCCGCAAUGCAAAAUACUUCCGGAUUCAUUUAG